CAAUUAAGUCGUUAGGGUACAGUUGGAACAAAAACCAGGGCAGGAUUGGAGACCCCUGCUCAAAAGGGGUUAGGGUUAGAGUUUCAAGCUUGAUGCACAUGCAAGGCUGUAGCUUUCAUUUCUUAUCCAAUGGUGCCAUCGUGUGGCCAUUUGUAGAAUUGCUGUUUCAAGUAUCCUCAGUGGAACCGUUAAGUCUUGCGUCUUGAACAGUCUAUUCGAUACAACAAGCUCCAGACCAUACCCGACUCCUGAUUGGCGCAACUAGCGAAUGAAACUGAGAAACACAAUACCCACUUUGCAUAAACCCCACGGCUUUUCCCCGCACCGGUUUAUUUUAGAUGUAUUACAGUUUCAGUUUUGUGGUGAGCUAAUAUUUGAACGCAGGCAGUUUCGAAAUAACCAAAGAAAACAAAACAACGUUAUUAAUUGAAAUGAUCCCGGCAAUUAGUGCUUGGUUUUUGUUGUAGCGUUAAAUGGUCACGUGAUCAGGGUGCUGGAGGCGCUAGCCUCGUGGAGCGCGGCUUCAUCGUGACGCAAUUUGAAGCUGCGCACGCAUGUCUGGUUUACAAACAAACCCCCCUCACGUGACCGCGCUGACAAAAUCAAAUGCUUCUCCCCUGUCACAUGACGCAGAGCGCAGCCGCACAAGGAGCCGAGGCGUCCUGUUUGUUUUCUUUCUACGAGACUCUGAAAAAAAAAAAAAAAAUAACUGGUCAAGAAAAAUAAUCCAGAAAUCAUCGCCGAGUCAGUGACGCGACCGGGGGUUUGGAUCCCUCGUUAUUAACACAUGGAGAGGUGAGCCGGGCGGGCUGGAGAGGCGCUGCUAUGGCUUCCCCCGCGGGCAGCGGGAAGGGGGUACCGGGGGGACUGACCCGAGCCCGGCCCCCGCUGCACUCUGCAGCCGCAGCCGCCUCCCCGAGGGCUCUGGUGGCGGCGGAGUCGGUGGACGAUGCGGAGGGGCUGUACGUAGCUGUGGAGCGGUGUCCCCUCUGCAACACAGCCCGCCGAAGACUCACCUGCGCCCGCUGCAUUCAGGCCGGGGACUUCGUGUACUUUGACGGGAGGGACCCCGAGAGGUAUGUGGAUAAAAUCGAGAGGCUGAAGCUGCUGAAGAUGGAGAAGGAAGAGCUGCAGCAAAGAGUUAUAAAAGCGAUGGAUGGGAAGUUUAAAGUUGACCAAUUGAAGUGGAAGAUCAUGUCCUGUAGAAUGAGGAGUGAGCAGCUGAGAGAGGCCAUUUGCUGUGGAAAUGAAGAAGCGAAAUGCAACAGGGAGCUGCUCUCCCGCUGUCAGGACGAUGCCCAGCGGUUGGCUCGGCGCGCUCAGCGGCACCAGGAGAAGAAGGAGAAGAUCGAGCGGCACAACCGGCGACUGGGUGAGCUGGUGGAGAAGCGCGGGCGCGAGGUGCAGGCCCGCCUGGCGCAACUAGCAACGGUGCGGUGCGAACACACCCUGGAGCUCACCGCACACAUCUUCAACAUCCAGGAGGACAAGCAGGGCACCAGGGACCCUGCGGACCUGGCUGCGGAGAGUGACCUGGCGCUGACCUCCAGCACAGUCAGCGAGCUCGCCGAGGCGCGGCGCACCACGUACCUGUCCGGCCGCUGGAUCUGGGAUGACCAGAACGGAGAGACCAGCAUCAGCAUCACCGGGCCUGAGACCUCCCUGCCCAGCAACGGGGACUACUCUGCAUACUACACCUGGGUGAAGGAGAAGAGGAGCAGCCAGGGGCCAGAAAUGGAUUUCAUCAACCCCGCUCACACCAUCAGCGCUGCCCUGUGCUACGCAACUCAGCUCGUCAACAUCCUGUCACACAUACUGGAUGUCAACCUGCCCAAGAAGCUGUGCAACAGUGAGUUCUGUGGGGAGAAUCUGAGCCGAUACAGGUUUACCCGGUCAGUCAGCAAGCUCAACACCAACAUACUGCAUCUCUGCUUCUCCCAGCAUGUGGACCCAGAGCUGCUUCACCCUCUGCACACGCUGCGGAACAUCAUGUUCCUGGUGAGCCCUGACAACAAGAGCCUGGGCAGGACCGGCCCCUUUGAUAUCAGCACGGACCUGGAGGACUCGAUGGAGCUGGUGGAGCCGGAGGCCGUGGGGCCGGCGGAGGAGAGCGGGGAGGAGAUGGUGACAGAUGAGGAGACAGACCUGGGGACGGACUGGGAGACAGUACCCAGCCCACGCUUCUGUGACAUCCCCUCGCAACCCAUGGAGCUGUCCCAGAGCAUGGCCAUGCAGGCCUCCCAGCCCAUUGGCAGCAGCUCCACCGGGGGCAUGAUCUCCUCUGCAGCUGCCUCAGUCACCUCCUGGUUCAAGGCAUACACGGGCCAGCGCUGACAUCACAGCAACACAAUAUCAGAGACAAGUGCCAGCACUGACAUCACAAUGACACUGCUGCACUAGGAUCAGCAACAUGGGGUAGAGGUGACAUCACAGCCACACUGCAGCAGUCAGUGCAACACUAUGGGGUUCAGGACCUGGUCACUCCUCUCCCUGGUUACAUGCACUUCUCCACUCAGUCACAGGACCUUUUGUUUUUUGUAAUCUUUUAUGGCAACAUUGAGCAAUAACUGUACUGUAGCUACAGACUAUUUAAAGUUUUCAAGGGUGCUGUCUCUUAUUUUAUUAUGUGCACGACUGGGAAAACAAUGCAAUACUGAAGAGUGGAAACAAAACGCACUAUAACAGAACAGUGCUACUGCCACUCCCACAUCAGAGCUGAACUGCAGUGCUCCUAAACGGGCGUUUCUGAACCCUGGAACUGUUCAUUCCAGCUUCCCUGCAGCAGGACUCGUCUCGUUCUGCUCCUGAGAGUGCUCGCCAGUCCCUUUAAAAAAUCCCUGUCGCUAAUGCAAAUCAACUUUAAACUGUCCAGUACAGUGGUGUUGAAGACUGAUAACAUUUUAUUAUCAUUGUUGUUCUGGUUGUUGUAAAUGGUCUGGCGUCACGUGUAUGGGGACAGUGGACCUACAUAUAAGAACUGAGCUGAGUGGGUAGGGCAUUGCCUCAUAGUGGAGGGAGUGAACCCAAGCAUGCCUGCUUUUAGAACACUGUUAAACCUACACUGAAACCAAACUAUGUAUGACGCUGUUGCAUCUGCAACAAAGGAGCUGCAUGUUGACCACAGCUAGUGGUAUGACAAGAUUGGGACUUUUCUUGUUACUAAAGCUAUUAAUACACAAAUCUAUUUUUAGUAGUGCCUAGGUACUUGAGGUCUGUGUGGUGUAACUUCCUUUGCACAUGUGUGAACACAGGGGUAGGGAUGUGCCAGUUCUCUAGAGAGCUCCUUCGGGUUGUGCAGUUUGAGCUCACUGCCAAUUAAUAAAAAGUGAAACAGCUGUUAACAGCAAAAAGA